UAUGCUUGUGAAGAUUUUUAAAUUUUAUGGUUCAUGUUAACUUUCUGUUCCCAUUAUACUAAUAAAAAGUUGGACAUGAGCACAUGACAGGGUAUCAUUUACGAAGAAACAAGCAGAUCUUUUCUUCCCCCUGAUUUACUGAUGAUUUUCCAGUUUCCAUGCAGAUAUCUCACAAAUACAAUUUGAUUUAUGUGAUUACGAAACUUGGGCUACUAUUUGUGUAUGAUUUGGAGACAGCUACAGCUGUAUACAGGAACAGAAUCAGUCCUGAUCCUAUAUUUUUGACCUCAGAGGCUACAUCUGUGGGAGGCUUUUAUGCCAUCAACAGGAGAGGCCAGGUCUUAUUGGCUACUGUUAAUGAACAAACCAUUGUGAAUUUUGUCAGUGGUCAAUUAAACAAUUUGGAGCUAGCAGUUAGUCUUGCCAGAAGAGGAACUCUACCUGGUGCUGAGAAACUGGUAUGUCAAUUGUGUAGAACUCACUUUUAGUAAUACUAUAUUUCU